UUGGCCUUCUGAUGUUAUUAAUUUUUAACAGAUAUAACCGGAAAGGCAAGACUAGCUGAUUUCGGCAUAAGUCGAAGACUGAAGUUGGGGGAGACGACUUGCCGCACUAAUCCUGCUGGAACAAAGUACUGGAAAGCCAGAGAGACGCUUGAAGAGGACAGUAACAGUGGCUACAAGAGGAGUUCUGACAUUCAGGUGGCAGGAAUGUUAAUAUAUUACAUCCUCUCCCGUGGACAUCAUCCAUUUGGCACAGGCGCUCGAUGUGAGAGUAACAUUCUUGAUGGGAAGUACUCUUUGGAACACGUGGACGAUGAACUGGCAAAGGACCUGGUGAAGUGGAUGAUCAGUCAUGAACCAAAGGACAGACCUAAUGUAGAGGAAACCCUUCGCCACCCAUUCUUUUGGCCAAAUAAAGAUAAAUUGGACUACUUAGACAAGCUGGGUAAUGAAAAGGAAGUAGAAAACUGCCGCAACGCUGGCCCAGACCUCCUUUCUGCUAUAGAGGCUGUUACAGCAGGGAAAAGUUUCUUAGACUGGAAAACAAAAUUACCUGCUGAGCUUGUGCAAAAAUUGGAUGGUAGGAAAAAGACCUACCCAGAGAACACACUUGGUCUGCUGCGCUUCAUAAGGAAUCUGCAUCAGCAUUACUCUGAUGAUGCCAAGAAUUUAAAUUUGAUGACGUUAUUCCCUGACCUUUUUGAAACUGUUUUCAUGUUUGCCAAAACGAGAGGGUGGACCACUGCGAUGGAAUUUAUGCUUGAGAUACCGGAGACAUGAUCACUAUCAAAAUGCACAAUUAUGUCUCCACUGUCAUUGUGAUUUGUUUGAUACAUAUUAAUUCAUUGUUAAUAUUUUUUUUAUAUUUACAUUAGUCAUGAUAAUGUUUUAUUAAAAUAUCACGUUAGUUUUA